CCCCUCCCCACUUCCCCGCCCUGUCUCUUCCCCGGUUUUCCUCUCAGCUGCGGGUCCCGGCUAGUGGUUGCUUCCGGGAGGAGCGCGGUGUAGCGCGCAAAGGCGGUCUCAGCUCCCUGUCAUGUCCUACGGUCCCUUAGACAUGUAUCGGAACCCAGGGCCCUCGGGGCCGCAGCUCCGGGACUUCAACAGCAUCAUCCAGACAUGCAGCGGUAACAUCCAGCGGAUCAGCCAAGCCACUACUCAGAUAAAGAAUUUGAUGAGCCAACUAGGAACUAAGCAGGACUCGAGCAAGCUACAGGAGAAUCUGCAACAGGUACAGCACUCUACAAAUCAGCUUGCCAAGGAAACAAAUGAAUUGCUGAAGGAAUUAGGAUCCUUGCCCCUUCCCUUGUCUACUUCAGAGCAGCGCCAGCAGAAGCUUCAGAAGGAGCGGCUCAUGAAUGACUUCUCUGCAGCCUUGAACAACUUCCAGGCUGUCCAGAGACGGGUAUCUGAGAAGGAAAAGGAAAGUAUUGCGAGAGCAAGAGCCGGAUCUCGUCUUUCUGCAGAAGACAGGCAAAGAGAGGAGCAGCUCGUCUCAUUUGACAGCCAUGAGGAAUGGAAUCAGAUGCAGAGCCAGGAGGAUGAGGUACCCAUCACUGAGCAAGAUCUGGAACUUAUUAAAGAAAGGGAAACAGCGAUACGGCAGCUGGAGGCUGAUAUUUUAGAUGUCAAUCAGAUAUUUAAAGAUUUGGCUAUGAUGAUCCAUGACCAAGGGGAUAUGAUUGAUAGCAUAGAAGCCAAUGUGGAAAGCUCAGAAGUGCACGUUGAAAGAGCCACUGAUCAGCUACAGAGAGCCGCUUACUAUCAGAAAAAGUCUCGCAAGAAGAUGUGUAUCCUGGUUCUUGUCCUGUCAGCAAUUAUUACAGUCUUGGGAGUUAUUAUCUGGCUCGUUUCUAAAUGAAGUGUGAUUGCCUCAGAGCCUUCUCCUGCUGAGUUGUUUUCAAGGGCAAGUAUCUGAUGGAGUCUUGCCAGAACAAACUGAUCACAAGAAGAGAGCAUAUACCAGAAUGUCCUGUAAUCAUUUAGUUAGAAACUAACUACUAACUAGUCCUUGGAAUUAGUGACGUUUAUGGAGACAGUAUUUAUCAAUUUAUAUACACAUUCUAUUGAUUUCUCAAAUCAGAAAUUAACUUAUAUAUGGAUUUUGUUGCUUUCUCUUGUAUUCUGAUUGCCGUUUAUCUGGGUGUCUAUUGAAAAUUCCAUUGUGGAUAUUCUUUGACAGGUAACACUACAAUCUCAUACUUUUUGUCUCUAUACCAAAUUUUCCUGGCACCUAGCAUAUUGGAGUCUGUGAGAAACUGUACAGUAUGCCAGUAAUUUUUAUUGUUGAACAUUUUAAUUUGAAUUUCCAAGAAGCCUUUUCUCUGUUUUGCAAGUUUCUGACCCCAUAUUUAACUACAAAGUAAAAACUGCACAUGUUAUUCUGGUUCACUGAGAAGUAUCUACUUGAUCUGUCCAUUGCUGGGGUAUAUGUGAUAAUCUGGGUUGAAAUUAAGUUUACUUACUACCUGUUAGUGUCAUUCAUAGCAUUUCAUCCUCUCAUACACUAACUCAUCUUGCUCCUUUUUUAAAGAGGUUAAUUUAAUUACCAUUAUUUUUCUCACUAAGGUCCCUCUCCCACCUGUCUACAUAGAAGGGGAGAAUUAGACAUAGCAUGCUUUGGGAAAGCAAGUAGGAAUUGUUUGGACUGAUUGAAUCUCUGUUGUUGUUCACUUGUGGCUCUACAUUCCUGGUAAAGGAUGAAUGUUGCUGUCAGAGGCUGCUCCCUGCCCUGUACGAGUCACUGAGCUGUGAUGGCAGGAAGAUUUUUUUUAAAGUUAAACUGAUGUUGGGUUUAAAACUUACAUCUGUGAACCUAGUGAUCAAGCAAACAAAAGGUUCAUUUUUGUAAAUAAUACUGGUUUAGUGAUGUUAGACUUCUAAUUUAUGAACAAGAGACGAAUCUCUCCGUGCAUAGUUUUAGAGAAAAGCAGUUUCAAUAAAACAUUGCUGUCUUGUAAUAGAAA